AUGCAUGCAUCGCUCUUUUAUCUGGUCGCUUUCGUUUUAGCAGUCUGUACAGCCAUACCGAAUCCCAUUCAGCCAACACCUUUUGCAUCAUUCAACGCAACAGUCACAGCUCUGAAUCUUAAUGCUGUGCAAUUAUACAAUGAUAAUGAGUACUCACUAUCAUUCUACUGGACGAUCGAAAGCAAAGGAACAGCCACCGAACGAUUGCAUGGCGUACUUGUCUUCACCUGCAAUGUCAAUCAACAAAUGAACUACUCUUGGGCAGGUGUCGGACUAGGAUGUUCGACAAUGCUUGAUUGUAAUACUAUGGCUGUCAUGCAUCAAAUUAAUUCGACUCCUGGAAUCAGUCCGAUUAAUUUCCAUGAGCAUACUAGUAUGGCUGUUUAUGGUCCGCCAGCUCAUGCCGAAACACCUCUGUUACAAUCUGUAAGCGGAGGCUUCGAAAAUAACAUCCCCGCAACCCAACGCCUCUACGUCGAAUUCGUCAUCGCAACCACCCCAGUAGACGGAAUCCACAGCCUAAUCGACGUCAACGCUCCAUUCACCUUGAUUUACGCAUUCAACCCUAACUCUGGCAUCAAUUAUCGAUCAGAGAGAUUCACGUAUCAUAGCCCUGAUUAUCGAGGAUCUGUACAACUUAGUCGAUUGGUAGCUACUGUUGAUGCUCCUAUACGAGUUAGUGUGUUGGGUGUUGCUCCAUUGUCUCAGAAGGUUGCUCACGGUGUCGGGAUGAUGCUCGUUUGGCUUGGGUUGUUUCCGUUUGGGAUUUAUUGGGCUCGAUACUUGCGUUCUGCUGGACCAGGACUCUGGAUUCAUAUUAGUGUCCAAUGCUUUGGAUACCUUCUCUUGUGGUUCUUCUUUAUUCUCAUUGUCACAGCAAUCCAGUUAUGGCAACGACCACAUGCCAUCUUGGGGAUCUUCCUGGUUGUAUUUGCAACGAUUCAAGUCUUGUUGGGAGGCUUGAACUUUGCAGGCUUAAGGAAUGAACGUAUAGCUGAAUAUCGGCAUUACAUAAGGCUGUCUCAUCAUAUUGUUGGGCCGUGUCUGGUGUUGCUUGCCGUUGUCCAAGUAGCUUUAGGCUUGAGCACAUUAUUCCCAUUGGUUGAACCUCGUGGAUCUGAAUAUUGGAUUCUAUACUUCAUUCUACUAGGUGCUUGGCUUUCGAUCUUCAUAGUGACCGAAACAUACUAUAGAUUAAGAGUCGUCAAUUAUGAUGCAGUCCCCAGAUCCAACUCUAUAAACGAUCGAACUGAUGACAUGGCCAAUGUAGCUGCUAAAUGGGUUGGAGUCUGUGUUGGAUUCAUGGGUUCUAAGAAGGCUGCUCAAAACAAUGGAUUCCGUAAUGCCGGUGUACACAAUGUUCAACCCGAAGGUGUACCAUUUGUGACGAAUAUUGAGCGUCAACGUAGUGAUCAACGUAAUGUAACGAGAAGCAGCAAUGGUCAACCGAAGGCUGCUGGUAUUGGUAGUGCAAUUGGAAUAGGUGCAGUCGCCACAGCCGCUGUUGGUAAUUCAUCGCCGUAUGAUAUUGAAAUGGUUGAAUCACCAUUAAUGAAACGUAAGAUACCUAAAGACGAAUUGCGAUCGUUUACGUGGCAGAACCUUGAUGAGGAGAUCAAUACUGGACGAGGAUUGUAUGUGGUCGCUGCUGGACGAUGGGUCUAUGAUAUCUCGUCAUGGAUUAAUACUCAUCCUGGUGGUCGUGUCAUCUUGAGAAACGUUAUUGGCACAGACAUCUCAAACGAUUUCUUCCAUGAAGCAGGAUUCGACGUGGAAGCCAUCAACCCUGAUGUGAUGGUUCCACCACAACGACAACGCACCAACCCUCUACCACAAACUAGUGCAGAUCGAGCAGCGGCAGCUGCAGAAGCAUCAUCAGCACCUCCGACGUCAUCUUUAGCACGAUUCACUGAAAUGGAAGGACUCGAACAAUUGCCGCAAUUGAAUGAAGAAGAUUGGACUCGUAUUCGCAGGGCUCGUAAAGUACACGUGCAUACUAAGCUGGCAGUACAGAAGCUGGCUCAAUUCCUUGUUGGUGAAGUCACUGCAGUACGAAGUCCCAGGCUUGCUUCGUCUUCGAGGGUUGUUUCGUCUUCUAUUCGAUUUGAUCCUUAUGAAUACCGACGAUAUGCCAUCACUCAGAUGACUCCAUGCAACAACUCCACUACUGCUUCCGUGAUCAAAUUCCGAUUUGUGCGAUUGUAUCCGCAUGACUCCAGAGCUGAAGAAGUGCUUGAAUUCCAGCCUGGAGAAUGUGUCGAAAUCCAAGUCAAUAUUGGCGGUCAGUACGUAUCUCGAUACAUUACACCUAUUGGAGGUACUCCUAUUGCUUUUGAGGCUUAUAUCAAGAUCUAUAGCAACGGUGUCAUGACGAAAUGGCUACAAUCGCAAAAGGUCGGAGACAAGCAAGUCAAGAUUCGAGGUCCGUUUGGUACUCCAUUUGUACCAAGAUCUCUUCAAACCACUCCACAAUAUCCGGACGUUAUGAUCUUCUUCUCAGCUGGAAGUGGCCUCGCUCCUGCUCUCCAGUGCUUGCAAUCAUAUCUGCUCCCAACCAUUCAACCACUACGAGUCAUUGUCCCAUACUAUCCACAACAAAAGGACGAGCUUACUCUUACACCGGGACAUCUCGUAACGGCUCUAGCACAUUAUAAUGAUGGGUGGGCGUAUGGCACAUCCCUGACUUUGAAACAAAAUGGAAUCUUCCCACUUCCCGUAACUCUUCCAAUAUCAUCCAGCACACGCUUCUUGAUAAUCAACUCGGUACACUCAUCCAACGAUAUCACAUCAGAUCUUUUUGCAUUGGAGACUCUGAAAGCAGCACAUUUAGCCUAUCCACAUGCUGUACAAUGCUGGCAUGCAGUAUCAGAUGCCACGAAUCUAGGACGAGUGCCUGAUUUACCAACUGGAAUCAAUGCUAUACUGCCUGGACGAGUUACACUAUCAAGGGUGCAGGAUAUCUUGCAUAUUGCUAACGAACCUCAUCCAUUGUUUGGAGCUAUUGCUAUCAAUUCCAGACGUGUUGUUGUUUGUGGGCCACGAUCUUAUACCGGACACAUGUUGGACAUUCUCGGUGAAGCUGGUAUUCCUAUGACUGAAGUAUCGGUCUUGCCCCCGGAUCGUUAUGUAUGA